CGUUGGACAGGGUUCUUAUUCCUACCGCAACAUCUUUAUUCUCAUGUCGCUACCGUCAACUCAGAGUUUCACGGCGACUACUCAGGAGCCUUAAUAGUAUCUCGUCGGUGAUAUAUGUCAAAGCCAAGAUCAUUUACAUAUAAAAUAAUAAUCGCGAAAUGAUUUGUUUAUUCAUUAUAAACUAUUUCUGAGUACAGUAAAAAGUGUGCAUAUACAACUCUGUAUAAAACGCGUUCCACUUAACGACCGCAACGCUCACGAACAUCAUCUGUUUUUGUUUAACUUUCGGUGAACAAGGAUAAAAUGAUACCAAUGCUGUCGAAACAAAUUAUUCACAGUGCUAAGUUGCAUGUUAGAGCGCGAUGGUUUACUCGCAGCAAUAUUACACAAGAAAGUAAUAAAAUAGACAAAAUUCCUGCACAAAGAAACAAUGAAACUGUAAAGAAAACUGAUGGUGUCCUGGGAUCGCGUAUGCAUCGUGUGACUAAUUUUGAUAAGAGAAUGCUGGUUUGGGUAAAACGGUAUCCAAGUAUAGCAGAUGUUCCUAGGGAUAUUACAGUGGACUGUUUACUUGCUGCAAGGAGUAAAGCACGAAUUAAGGCCUGUAAUUACAUGAUUGUUGGUACCCUAAUUGGUUGUAUAGGUUCUGUAAUACUUGGAAAAAGACAAGCUGCAAAAGGAGAAACUUUAACCAAACAAAGAGAGGAUUGGUUGAAAGAAACCUUAGCAAGGGAGAAAAAUGAAUAAAUAUGUAAAUGUAAAACAAUGUAGAAAUAAUUUAGAAAUAUAUAUACAUAUAUAUAAUUUUUUUGAGAAACAAACAGAUACAAUAAAUUAAACAUAUUAGCGAUUAUUAUUAUUAUUUUGUUGUUAUAUAUACACUAUUUGAAAGUAAUACUCAUAAUAUUUUCCAUAUAGUAAUGAACAUUCAAUUAUUUAAUUAUUUACAUCUGCAAUAAAUAAUGUAGACGUUUUAUGAUAUAGUGUUUUCUAUUUAAUAACGAGAGAGGCAAGCAAAAUAUACUACAUUAUACUACUCCACACGUAUGUGCACGCACGCACACACACGUGCGCGCGCGCGUGUACGUACGCAUUUGUUGUAAAAUUAUUUUAAUAUGGGUUUAAAAGAUUAAUUUUUUUAUAGGAUGACACAAUUAGGAAGUUGCUGAAACUAUUCGGCUAUUAUUUGGAAACACAAAUGGUUAAAAUUUUUAAAAUCAGACUAUUUUUUGAAUAUAAGAAAUCCUUGCCAAUUUUGUUAACGUAUAAUAGAAAAAUUAUAUAAAGUAAUUUAAUAAUUAAAUUUUGUCUACAACCGGUUUGUUACUUUUUUAAACGUAAAAUUUUAUUAUUAAAUUUUUUAUAUUAUUUUUGUAUGCUAAUAAAUAAAAAAUUGACAAUUUUUUGUGUUCAAAACAAUUUGAUUUUUUCAAGUCUACCUUUUUGUUCUUAAGUAAUAGUCAAAUAGUUUCAGCAACUUUCUAAUUGUCACAGGUAUAAUAAAGUUAAAACUCAUCUCUUAAAAAUGUUUUCUAACAGAACUCGCGUUUUGUUAUUUACUAUCAAAAACUAUAAUAUACAUUCGUAUAUAAUUUACCUGUAGUACAAUAACAUAUCUGAUUUUUAUUAGUGAGUACUUAAAUUAUUUGCAAAAUAAAUAACAAUUUC